UUUGCUUUCUUGUAUCUAGAUCGCAAAAGUGACGGCAUACCCGGUUCGUAUGUAUGAAGCUAUUUCGGAGCAUCUGGCAUAAAUCAUUUUCUAUUACAAAUAUUUUGAGAACGUGAUAUUUUUGUGCACAAUGAGAUGGAUGACCAUCGUAUUGUAUCGAUGAGCAGAUCCAAUACGAUAUUUUCCUGUUGUCGGCUUACGACAUGUUAAAAUAACAAAAAUAUCGAUAUUUACGUCAGUGCCUGACCGGGAAGUCUUAUUGAUAACUCUCCAGAAGAUCUGGAAGGAUCAACAGCUACCGGAAGAAACAAAUUGUUGCUUUUGAAUUCGGUGGAAAGUCGACCCGAGCGCUAUUUGCCUGUUAAUGAGGCCAGCAUUAGGAGUUCUGUUGAAUGGACUAUGCCGCCUGUGUUUACGACGGUCACAAGAGACACUCCCUCUGUUUAAGGCGCGAAUCGGAGAUAUACUGUUAACUGAAAUGAUCUGGUCCACAUUCCGAGUCGAAUUUGAUAAAAAUGCAUUUUUCCCAAGAAACGUGUGUGCAAGCUGCAUUAAAAAGGUAGAUUAUCUCUAUAGUUUUCAACAAGAAUUGAUGAAGUGUCAAUCAGUGCUCUUCGAAUGUAAAAAUAAAGGAAAAAUAACUGCGAAGGACUUAAAGUCACUCAAUUUGCCCUACUACAGCGAUGGGAUUUCAGAGCCAGCUCAAGUACUAGAAGAGCAAAAUGAUGAGUGUGCGUCGAUGGAGAUUGAACAACUGGAUCAAGACAUGGAUGUGGAGAAGGUGGACAACGACGAGUAUCAAUCAGCUAUUUUAGUAGAUGAACCAAUAUUUGAGGAGCAGUUGAUCGAUAUUAAGAUUGAAACUCUUGAAACGGGAGAUCGAUUUGAGGUUGAACAAAUCAUAGGAAAUUACGAUGCGCUAUCGAAAUAUUGCAGUGAUGCUGAGGAAGACUUCAAAGGAUUCGAGGAACCUGUUCCGGUGAGGUUAGAAGCGGCAGAAGGCUUUCAGCCUGAUAAAACACAAAAAAGGUUGAAGGCUGUUCCAAAGUUGGACAUAAUUGAAACAAUUCCUAACAAAUGUUACAUUUGCAACACAAUUUACGAGAACAACGAUCUUUUCGACAUCCAUUUAGUCAGUCAUAAAAUUAUGCUGCCAUACAAUUGCGUGAAAUGUAGUACUAGAGUAAAUCCGAUAGAAAUCAAAACUUUGGUACAACUCAAUAAACACUUUGAAUCGCAUGGAUUCAGCUAUGAGUGCUCACAUUGUCCUUUGCGGUUUCGUUCCUAUCCUCCACUCUAUGAUCACACUCGGAAUGCCCAUUCCCGCAAUACCGAAGGAUUCACGUGCGAUAUUUGUGGUCAGGUAUUCAACGAAAUUCGAAAAUUCCAAAAGCAUACACGGGCUCACAAACUCCAGAUUUAUCAGAACAACUUUGUCAAUCCAUUGGUUCAAAUUGAGUGCUCCGGACAGAAUCAUUGCAGCUUUGUGUUUGCCCAGGAUCAUCCUUUCGCAGUAAUUUGGCAAGAAGGGAUUGUUCGAGUGAAAUACAUCUGUAUGGAUGACUUUCGCAUCAGCAAGUACUGUGACGAACGCUUAAUUAUCGGCAAUGAAGACCGGUGGGAGCGACGAAGGAACAACCAACGGCCAAAUAGAGAGCGCGACGUUUCCGGCUUUGGGACGACGGCUGCGAGCAUCAAAAGUGGCGAUGCCCCGCAGGACUAUGCUGUCAACAGUGCCAACAACCCGGUCGGUUUUGCCGAGGAUAGAAAUCAGUGGAACUACAACGAUAAGAACUACUCCGAUGAUGACAACGACGACGGCGACGGUGACGACGAUUCCAAUGAUGACGAACCCGAAGAGGACGGUUAUGAUGACAAUGACCCUAGAGGUGAACCUCGGGCGGAAGCGCUGCAACAGGGCCAGCAGCAAAUCCAGCAGAUGCAUUCGUUCCAUAAUCUGAAAAUCCUGAAAGCGCUACCGGGCGAGGAAGUGGCAGUUAAUGAGACGGAAAAUCGGCGGAAGCUAGACGCGGAUGCGGCCAACCGGCAGAGCCACAGGCAGCGGCAGAAAGUUUUCUCCCAGGUAGGUGGCACUUUUGUUUCUCAGUAG